CUCGCUUCCUAUUCUGGACAAGUCGAAGAAGAGCUACUAGAUUUGGAAGCCUCGUGCAUUCAGGUCUAUCGAGACAAGGCGGGCGAGAUCGUUUCGUUACGCUCCGACUUGCAAGAGUGUCAAUCGGUUCUAUCGUCGCUGCAAGAAAUGCUGCUGGGAUUCCAGGCUGAUUUGGGAGGUUUGAGCGGGGAAAUCCGACAACUGCAGGAAAAAUCCCGAACAUUGGAUGUUCAACUCAAGAAUCGGCGAGAAGCCGAAGAAGGCUUCCGUCAAUUCUUAGAGCAUAUAAUCGUUGCGCCAAAUCUAGUGCACGCCAUUACAACUGGAUCCGUCAACACUGCGUUCCUACAAAGUGUGCAAGAAAUCGACCAAAUUUACAAAAAUACCCAUUCCCCCACUCCGCAGCCUUGGUCCGGCGGCAAGCCGCCUUCGGAUACUGUUGCUGGAAAGCAAGUCCAGGAACAAGUUCGGAAUCUACGAUUGCUUGCUGUCUCGCGAGUUCGUGACUACUUCUUGUCACAAUUGGUUAGUUUGCGACAACCACAGACAAAUAUUCGUAUGAUUCAAGUCAAUGGACUUCUAAAGUACGCGGAGCUUCAAGACUUUUUGGAAGAGGCCAGUCCGGAAAUUGCCACUGAAAUUCUGAAUGUUUACACCGAGUCCAUGGGCAAGACUCUACAGCAGCUCUUUCGUACUUACCAAUCGCAAUUAUUGCAACUCGACUUAUCCAGAUCGUCAUCAUCUCGGCACGAGGUCCUGGCCAUGGAUGACGCGCUACUGAGAGAUACUCUUACGACUCGUGCGAAGAAACGCGUCGAUGUCUUCUGCCUUGGUACCCGAGCUACUGAAUGCCUGGACGAAGACGCUUCGAACCAUGCGCAGCCAAUACUGGCUCAUGUAGCGUUGGCCGAACGUCAACGGUACCAUUAUGAACGAUUAUUUCGUUCUAUUCUUGGGCACUUGGUGGACGCCGUAACAAACGAACAUGUUUUCGGUCGUCAAUUUUUCAAGCGAGAUAUCUUCACGCCCCUCUUCCAAAAUACACUCAGUCUGCUAUUGGAACAAUCUGAAAACUACUUGUUUGGUUGCUACGACGCGCUUUGUCUCCUUCUAAUGAUCAAGGUGACGCAUUACUACCGACGCUUGAUGCGAUCGCGGAAAGUACACUCGCUCGAUGGUUUUUUCGAUCAGCUCACUAAUUUGCUUUGGCCACGCUUAAAAACUGUUAUGGAGGGGCACUUACGGAGUUUGAAACAAGCGACGGCUGUCAAGUUGGGUGGUGUUGACUUGCACCCCCAUGUUGUCAGCCGACGAUUUGCUGAGUUCUGCUGCAACGACUCGAUUCGAAGCACGGUGGCGAACAGGAGUGCAGGGGACAUGCUGUUGGAGGACCUAACAGAAAUGGUGGACGCUUACGUAGCUCUGAUGGAACGAUUGUCCGACGAACACACGUCGCAAAAGAGUCGUGUCGUUUUUUGGAUCAAUAAUUUAGAUGCAGUCGUCUGUAUUUUUCAAGAACGUCGCGUUGUUGGCAAGGAAUUCAAUCGAGUUGUUGAGUUGCUGAUGCAACAACGAGAAGUGUUUGUCGAAGAGGAGCUCUUGACAGGAUUUUCAAAAAUGAUUGCCUUCGUUCAACAGACUGAGGCGCACAUGGCGACCACGCCAAGGGGUGAAACCUACGAUGCCAACGCAGCCGUCGUCGAAGCACUGGUACUAGACUUUGCCUCCAAAUGGAAAGGAAAUAUUGACGUUAUCAAUCGCAACGUACUAUCCUACUUUUCCAAUUUCCGGAACGGAAUGGAAAUUCUCAAACAAGUAUUGACGCAGCUGCUCCUUUACUACACGCGCUUUCAAGAUAUUAUUCGAAAAGUUUGGAAAAAUCGAUUGCCACCCUUCUGUGAAAAUCUGAUCAGUACCAACAUUAUUCUGACCGAGAUUAAACGUUAUGCACUGGCGAUAUGA